AUGGUUUCCCCGCCGUGGGCGUCUAGCUGUCGAAUAUGCUUUUUCGUUCUUUUAACCAUCUCAUAUUUUAUCACAUUUACUUUCGCACAGGACGUUCUGUGUAGCAAAGAUAAGAAGUGUCCGAACAAAGCUUGUUGUUAUAUCGCGGAUAAAGAAGUAGAUGAUGGUAUCUGCGGUUAUGGAGCUGAGUUCUGCUCUGAAGGUUGUGUUAGCAAUUGCGAUGCGCACGCUGAAUGCGGAAAGGAUGCUGAGGAUCCGGGAAAAAAGUGCCCAUUAAAUGUUUGCUGCAGUAAAUGGGGAUUUUGCGGAACCUCGGAGGACUUUUGUGAUACGGGCAAAGGCUGCCAGAAUAACUGCUUCACUCCCUCAAAGCCCUCGUGUGGUGACCGAAACGUCUUUGGUUUGAAGAUCGGUUAUUAUGAAUCUUGGUCGACUUUAAGAAACUGUGGCGGAAUGCCACCUGAGAGCUUGCCUGCAGAGCAGUUCACACAUCUUUACUAUUCCUUUGCGACUUUUAGGGAGCAAGGUGGUAAAUACUACAUUGUACUCGACCCGAAAAUCGGUGGUGACUACGACCUACUCAUUCGGUUCACCAAUUUGAAGAGGGAUUAUCCGGGAUUGAAGUGCUAUAUCGCCAUUGGUGGAUGGACUUUCAAUGACGAACCGACGCAAAAAGCAUUCACAAAUAUGGCUUCUAAAGACGAAAGCCGUCGUAAAUUUGCAGAAGCAAUCUUCAGCUUCGUCCGAGACUAUGCAUUUGAUGGAGUAGAUCUUGAUUGGGAAUAUCCUGGUGCUGAAGAUCGUGGCGGCGUGAAAGAAGACACGGAGAACUAUGUUAAACUCAUCAAAGCGAUCAGAGAAGAAUUUGACAACAGAGGCGGUGGGUAUGGUAUUAGUUUCACUAUCCCAGCGUCUUUCUGGUAUCUCCGAUGGUUCGAUGUCUCGGGUAUGCUUGAUGCUGGUGCUGAUUGGGCGAAUAUUAUGUCUUACGAUAUGCAUGGAACGUGGGACUCCGAUGAAAACUUUGUCGGCAAGGUAUUGGGCGCCCACACUGACUCUGUCGAGAUCCAGGGAGCUCUUAAUCUACUUUGGAGAGACACGAAGUUGGAUCCCAAGAAGAUCGUUAUGGGCUUCGGUUUUUAUGGUAGAAGUUUUAAAAUGGCGAAUCCGUCGUGUAAUAUUCCUGGCUGCCGUCAUGCAGAUGGUGGCGCGUCGGGAGCUUGCACUGAUACAUCUGGGGUUCUCUCUUGGGCUGAAAUCAGUGAACUAUUAAAAUCUGGGGCCGCCACUACAGAGGUCUAUGACGAAAAGAAAGCCGUCAAGUAUAUGACAUAUGACGAAGACUCCUGGGUUUCAUAUGACGACGACCAAACCUUUAAGCAAAAGCUUCAACAGGCAAGGGAUAACUGUUUAGGAGGUAUAAUGAUAUGGGCUGUUGACUUAGACACGCCUGAUUUUACCGCGCUAUCCAAUUUACUUGGAACCGAUGUCGCUGGUCAUUUCGGAGACGAUGACGAUCUAACAAUCGACGAGCUUAAGGGCGCAACUGGAGAGGAUUGUUAUGUAACCGAAACAUGCGGAAACCAAAAGACUCCUCCAAAGUGCAAAUCGGGCUACCGAGUCCUUGACUAUAUUCAUGAGCCUCUGAAUGGCCAAAUCCCAUUGCAAAGACCGUGUUCGACAAAUGCCUUCCGUUCAAUCUGCUGCCCGAUGAGAACUAUGCCUAGGGGUUGUUCAUGGACCGGGUGUGAUAGCAAUCAAGAUACAGCUUGCCCUCGAGGCAAGUUCCUCAUGGCGACAGAGGGCUACAAGAAUAGGGAGGGAACCGAAGUCUGCAAACCGAUGACUGGUCGGCGAAGACUCUGCUGCGAUUCACGCCCUGCCUUUGAUGUCUGUGGUUGGGGCCAAUGCACAAAAAGCGAUAGGUGUUCUGGUCCCGAUUCCGAUAGGGAGGUUGUCCUCAGCUCCGUGCUCGCAUAUGAUGACUCCAUGUGUCCAACUGGGGAAAAGAGUCACUACUGCUGCGAAAAAGAUAAGAAGCCAAAGAACUGUAAAUGGAUCGGCCCCGACAACGGUUGCACGGAGUUCAAGUGUCCUUCAGGUAAAGUUCAGUGGACUAAAAAGGAAUACGUCGAUGGAGAGAAGUCCGGUACCACUAUUUCUUGUACCAAUGGACGACAAAUGUCGUACUGCUGUGAUCCGCCAAAGGAUGAGGAUAGCAGACUCAGCGUUGAUCCUGCGGAUAUCUUUCCCAAACCUCUCGGAGACAAUGAGGAGGAGUACACGAUGACACCGGAUAGUAAUACCCAGUCUGAGGGAUCCACAAGAUCGUCUAUUCUUGCCGGAAGCGGAGGUGGGGCCGACGAAGCCUUCUCUUUUGUCCUUGUUGACGGCACGGAGGGUGCAGUUGAUAACAAUUUUGCUGAAGCCUGGGAUAUCUUGGAUCAAGAGACCCCGAGCUUCCAGCUUAAGAAGAGAGAAUGGACGGAGUAUCGGAAGCCUGGUGAAGUUCGACAUGAUACUUUUGAGAAUGUCAUUGAGACUUAUCGUGUCGUAUGUGCGGCAGGAAUGUCAGCUGCUGAAUGCAAACGUAUCUUCAUCAUGAACGCAGAGGAUACGAUUAUCAAGCUUCCCAACGGUAUCGGCUCGGGUCCCUACGCUAGGAUUGUUAGUUUCAAACAUAUUCCCGAUGCGAAAAUCAAUUAUGGCGACAAAAAGAGACUCAACAAGCGACGAACUCAGUUGCGGAAAAGAAACUUGGCAAUCCGUGAUCUUGAGGAGGAACAUCAAGUCUUUGAGCUUGUUACUGACUUUGACUUUGCGGCUAUCAAUGCUGCUGCUAAACCUGGUGCUGAAGUUCAGUAUCGUACUGACUGGUCAAAUCUUUUGGAUUACUGGGAUGAUGUUACAGACGAGGACCCGGACGGCUCGGGAAUGGGAACUAAUAAAAAGCGUGGCUUGGAAAAACGUUGGUUUGGUAGUUUUAAGAAUUGGUUGAAGAAAGUUACAACGAUUCGAAAGGAGGAUAAAGGUACCCUCGAGAUGGAGUAUGAAAAGAGAUUCACAAUCUUCCACUUCGAGGAUCGUUGUCAAAAGGGGAAUACUUUAUACCAAGCCGAGAUUGAUGCAAGCGCAUAUCUUCAUAUGGCUAUGAGUGCAACAUACAGUUACUUGUUCCAGGGUCAGAUCUUACCAGUUCCCAAAACCGAAUCAGCUUACGCCUACUUUGGCGCUGAGCCAUUCGUCCAUGUUCUUCUCACAUUGCAAGGAUCUGGAAGUAUCCAAUCGACCAGUGGGAACUAUAAGAUUGUCAAUGGAGUCACGUGGCCAGGUCUUAGCAUCAAGGGUUUGAUACGUAUUGGACCCGAGUUGAACGUUAACGCAAGAAUCGAUACGUCUCUGAGCAUAUCUGGUAAGGCUGUCGCUGGUUUUGCUGUUGGAUUCAAUGCAUUUGAGAUAGCAUUUCCACAGAAUAGCGACGGGAAAGGAGGAAGCAGGAACCCCACCAAGCUCAACAAAGAUAAUCAUCAAAUCUUCUCGGUUGACCAGACCCUUAAAGCUGAAGUGAAGGCUGAAGGUCAUAUUUCUUUGACCGUCACACCCAGCCUUUCCUUCGGUAUUGAGGCACUUGGUGGCAAACUAAUGAAGGGAGACGUGAUUCUUGGGGUUGAUAACACUAUUGAUUUGGGAGUGUCUGCUGCUGGAUCUGCUGAUGCCGUUUCAGGUGGUGCUGGAGCAGCUUUCUGCAUCUGGGCGGAUUACAUAUACCGAGUAUUUGUGGAAGCCGAAGUCUCUGUACUCUCGGGCACAUUUGACUGGGGCGGAAGCAUCGAUUUGGCGACUCCAUCAUCUCCAAUCGGCCUCCUCCCGAAGAAAUGUCUGACAUAUGGAAGCCAACAAGACAAGAGAGACUUGGAAAUUCCAAAGGCUUUACUCCCUCGAAAUGACAGAACCGGAACUAGUGGUGAGACUAGGCCUGUAUUCGGCGGGUUGUUUGAGUGUCCAAACGGCGAAAAUGACGACGAACCAUCGAAUGCUUGCGACGAUGGACUUAAAAGACGUGACCUUGACUCCGCCAUCGGGUUUAUCGACGGAUUCAGUCCAUCCGAAAGCGUAGUAUUUGAGCGAAGUCUGCAACCUCGACAGAGCGAUGUUCUCUGUUACAACAGGCCUACCCAAUUCUACAACUGCAAUAUGUUCGGAUCUUACAAUUUCAACCCGACCAACAAACAUACUAAAGCUGGUGGGUACACGGUGAUUGGAAUCUGCGAAAACAUUAAGAACGGAAUUCGAUCAAAGUCUGCUGGUAAUCCGACUAGGUUCCGAACGGGUCCCAAUACUGCCGUUUUAACCUAUAGCGGUAGCACUGGAAACCGUGGUGACGCUUGCGGAGAUAAUGCCCCCGUCCCUAAUCGUAAAACAUGCUCGACUUACAACUCAGACAAAUGGGAUGGCGAUAAGUUUGAUACAGCCAAGAAUGAAGCAACAUGGACCUCGUGUGAUGAGUUCCCAUAUAACAGUGCUAGGGAAGGUGGCGUUGGUGCAACAACUGCCUGCGUCAGUGUCGGCCAGCAGAACAUGCAAGGAACCUUGAACACAAUCGUAUCAAAUAUGAAAUACAAGAACGAGAGAUGGGCGAACCUGGCCAGAAACAGCAAGUUCGAUAACAUCCAGUACAAUGUUGUGCUAUCAUACCCCCCCGGUAGUACUGGGUGGAUUGGUGAGAUUGAAAGUUGGAGAAUGAAGACCGCAGUGAUUGUCACAACCGGUGUGGACUGGGGUCGAAUCGUUGGCGGUAUGAAUAACUGGGGCAAUCCGAAUCAAACAUUCGGAAACACAAAUGGUGUUUGUUUGGAUUAUUUGGAUACCCCAGGCGCCAUAAAGACGUCUCGUAAGAACCAGAACGUGUACCAAAUUCCGUUCCAUGGGUGCUAUAUCAACUUCAAAAAUGACCCUGAUCCAGAUGUUCCGGAGGUUGAUAAGAGAUCUGCUUACCGACCAUUUAAGAGAGAUGAUCCGACAACAUGGGGAGCUGAGAGGGUUAUCCAUUAUUACGAUAGUAGAUUUACGAAAGAGAUGUUGUUCGAGAGUUUCGGGCCGCAUGCACAUUAUGAUAUGCGGCCGGCUAAUCUCAGCAAGCGAGCGUUGGACGAGCACGACGAAUUCCAAGAGAGGUUGAUAAAACGGCUGAUGAAUCUGAAGCUGCCAGUCGGGUUUGGUACAAAUCCUUGA